UGAAAGCAAGUUGGUUUUCCAGUUGCUGAAUUAUUUUCUCAGGGUUAAUCUAGCUGCUCUUGAAAUUUGUUGCAAAAGUACUUCUGGAUGUAAAUAACGGCUAUAAAUUAUAUCUAUUAAGAUGAAUGCAGUUUUGUUAUUUACUAUCUUAUCGGUAAAAAUUGCUCCGACCUACCAGCAGAACGAUUACCUAUGCAGUACUCAUAGUCCCUCGGCAAAGCACUAUGCCUCUUUGAACUACUGCUACUGGCUAACGCCAUCUUCACAGACCGCGGAUGACGGAGCCCUCACUUGUGAGGCCGCAGGGGGGUACAUGGGCUAUAUAGAUUCUACUGCAGGUCUUUUGAACUUUAUUAACGAUGGAAUGGAUAAUCAUUGGAGCUUUCAUAACCAAAGUGUCUUUGUGGGGCUUCGAUCGUGGACAGAGAACAAUGCGUUCACCCAUUGGGACUCGUCGCCUAUCUAUACAUUUAAAUGGGAUUACACCAAUGGACAGCCAGAUGGAAUAGCAUUCCUUCAAUUUUGCGUAACCUUGUAUCCUGAUCCGCCACAUCUUUGGCACAACACCCGCUGUGACAGCUUGUUCCAGUCUCUUUGUUACUGUCAUUUAAGUGGCGUACAACAUACCUGUUCUGUACCAAUUAAUGCCAGUGUGACUUCACCUACAUUUUCAACAAUGUCGACAUCAUUUCUUGUGACGUCACCAGCGGGAACACCCCUCACUCCUUCUCCCCCCUCAGACUCGUCCAUUGUACCCUGGUCAAUUCCAGUGUCUUCAAAUUCGGACUAUUUCUACUACUAUUCAUACAACUCUAUAAUUACUGUGACAACUGGAAGUACAUAUCUGUGUCCAUCUUCAACUUCAUGGACGCAUCUAACCGUGACGUCAACUGUUUUCGUCACAAGCUACGUCGAUGCGUCAUCUAUAAUGCCGUCUUUGUCGUCGGAUUUCUCAUCAUACAGCCCUACUUCGAGUACGCACAACGUCAAUUCGACGAUGAAUGCAACAUCCCCCAGUGUAGACUUGAGAGUUGAUAAAACUUCAACCAGUCGCUACCAACGAACGAAAUAUAGCGCUGGUGACGAACGACCCCUGAGUCAAUUCCUAGGAACAACGGCCAUCAUCACCAUUGUUGCGAUCAUCGGAAUUAUCAUUGCUGGGGAUAUGAUCACCAUAGCACAGCAGGUUAAAGCCAAACUCAACCAGUGGAAAAGGAAACUGGAAAAAGAACCUGCCAAAUUAGAAAACGAAGCAUGCGUUGAAAUGGAACACCAUACAUGGGUUGGAUAAAAGUCACACCCUUUCGUCUAUGAAACAUUGACAAGAGAAUUCAUGAUAGGAAAUAUUUCUUCUAUGGUCAAAAUUAGUUAAUAAUAAUCCUAUUUCCUGAAUGGAGUCCGGAGAUCAACAAUGUAAUUCUUAAAAGUUAUUUUGUGUGAAUCAACGAUCUAUACUUUCCUAUACGGAAAGUAUAGAGAAACGUGUCUCUCAUUUUUUUACAUUGUAAAAUAUAACGUUAAAUGACUUCGAAUACAAGUUAAUAGUUGAUAGUUGUUAGUUAUACAGGGCCACUACAAUGUUUCUAGAAGAGUCAUCCUUAUUUUCCUCGUUUUUCCCUAUUAAUUGUAUUUUAUUCGAUCAAACCAAUGGCUAGUGAAACCAAGUUGCUUUCCCUUUUCAGUUUAGAUUUAAUAAUCAAAUGCCACAUUUUUUGAAAUAGAAAAUAAUGACAGGACGCGAGUUUUAACAUACUAGCUGUUACUUAAUAUCAUAUGGUAAAGUUUUUUUGUCAGACCCCUUGGAGUAUUGUCAUAUUGUAAAUUUUGAAUUUACCGGGUGGCAGUAAAUACAAAAUACAACAUGACAGUAUCCCAAACGAUAACGACAGCCCGUGAAGCGGUAUGCCUGUAACCUCAGGGAGAUUCGUCGAGACUCAUUAAAAAUUUUGUACUGACGUCUUUUCCUAGUGUGUCCCGGGCUACAACGCUGUUAGGGGCGGGGGUAGAGGGUGAUAUCUAUCCAACUUUCCUAUUUUCAGGACUGUACAUGCUGCAACUGAUUUUUCCAAGAAGGUGAGAAAACCAUUAAAAACAAGUUUCGAGAAUUCGGCAUCAGAAUCAAUGAUCAUGCAUGGAAGGAAGGGGGUGCGACCAUCUUGGUUGCAGCAACAUACACCGUUUUACGAGCAUUUGACGUUAUGUUCAUUUUCUGGUAGUAAAAUAAUAAAUCCACUACUCAGUGGCUAUAACUUACAUUUGGGUUUUAAGAAUCAUUCUCUGUAAGCAUCAAAAAUUCUUAAAAUAGUGAUGGAAACCCACAUACACCGAUUUUGAUGAAAUUUGGCAUAUAGGGAUAACUUGAUACCCUUUCAUCAAAUUUGACUGCUAAUUACUAAUUUUAGGUACCGUUACCAUGGAAACGACAACCCUCCAAAAAAUGGCGUCCAGGACCCAAAAAUCACUAUUUUUACCUUAUUUUGAUUUAAAAAAAAACAAAUUCCACGAUUUUUAUUGUACAAAACACUUUCUUCUAACAUAAAGAUUAGUUUUAGUACAACAAAUAUAAAACACAAUAUCGGAAGCCAUGAAUAGGUUAUAUACUAUUUUGUUUGUUGAAAAACUACCGUUUGGGUAUUUUAAACAUUUAUGAAAAAACUCAGUUUUGAGCCAUUUUAAGACAUCAAUUACCAAAAAAUGCACCGACAGAUAUUAAUUAAACUUAUAUAUUCUUUUUAUUUAAUGCUUUAUGUAUAAAAUAUAAAAAAAAACCUGCAGAUGUGUUUUUUCCCUUAACAAAAUUACAUGGUUUUAGAAAAUGGUUGCCAUGGAAUUUUAUGAAAACUUCAUAUUUGUGGUAUAUGUGUAAGUUCAUCAUAAUUUAUAGAUAUUUUACCAACAAAUUAUCAAUUUUUCAUAUUUUUGAAGUUAACUUAUAUUGUGCCUUUAAACUUU